AUGACGGACUGGAAGAACGCCGAGUACACUCUCUACUCAUCUCCGUUCUCUCUCUACUCGAUGAUGGCCCGUCACACAAUCCAACUUGGCCCAACAACCCAUGGUGCAACGCCACCAAAAAGCAUCACUCUGCACUUCAUUAAUCACAAAGCCCAUGAGAAUCUCAGUGAGGAUUACUUGAUCAACGUCAACCCAAGAGGCCAAGUUCCGGCUAUGAAGGGCAAGUUCCUCAAAGAAACUCUUACCGAGAGUCGUGCCAUCUCUCUUCAUCUCGCAGAGAAGCACUACCCUGCCAUGCUGGGAGGCAAAUAUGAGAAUGUCGUCAGGAAUCUAUUUGAAAGACUCCAUGCUGUAUACGGGUUAUCAAUCAGCAACCCGAAUCCGACAACAGAAAUGACCCAGCGGAAUCCCUCGCCAGUUGAAAAGAUACUUCAGAGGACUGAUAUCACUCCUCAGUAUCGCGCCGCUCUGGAAGCCAAACUUGCUUUUCACAACCAGCAUAACGCAAUCGCCUUUCAGCCUGGUGUUGUAGCUAAGCAUCGUGCGGAUCUCAAGACUAUUUUUGAAGAGGUCGUGGAGCACCGCAGACAGAGUGGCUCUUACGAGGACCAUGAUGAGUGGACCUUUGGCACUGAUAUUGGACCGACUAUCCUUGAUAGCCAUCUGCUCCCGUUUACCUUGCGCUGUAUGGAGGUUGGUAAUGACGAUCUUGUGCCUCUGGAGUUGCAACGUUGGGCCAAUGUGAAAGAAAAGAGCCCAUCAUGGCAGAAGGUCAUGCAUGGAAAGCCAACUACGUAUCAUCCUUCAAUGGGCCCUGUUGCAGAGAUGUCUGAGAUGAUGACUCUUUGA